AUGGAGUCGUCGUCUCCUCCUAAUUCCAAUUCCGAUCGUUACCAAAACAUCUUGAUGAUGCGUCACGGUGAUCGCAUUGACAAAAUCGACCCACUCUGGCUCGACACAGCCGCGAGACCUUGGGACCCUCCGCUCGUUGACGACGGUUUGGUUCGUGCUUUCAAAACUGGUCAACGGAUUCGAUCUCAGAUCCAGUUUCCGAUUCACCGUGUCUUCGUCUCCCCUUUUAUCCGCUGUAUACAAACCGCUUCCGAAGUCAUCGCCGCUCUCUCCGCCGUCGAUUUCGACCCUAACUCCGUUUCCUCUAAUGACGUCACUUCCAUCGAUAAAUCUAAGCUCAAGGUUUCUAUUGAAUUUGGGUUGAGUGAGAUGUUGAAUACAAUAUCUAUUAAGAGUGAGAUUGCUCCUAAAGAUGGCAAAUUCGAUUUCUCCAUUUCGGAUCUUGAAGCUAUGUUUCCUGAUGGUAUGGUGGAUCGUAAUGUUGUACCUGUUUAUAAAGAGAUGCCACAAUGGGAAGAGACUGUAGAAAGAUGCACAGAUCGGUUUCUUAAUUUGGUGAAGUCUCUUGCUGAUAAGUAUCCUUCUGAGAAUUUGCUCUUAGUCACUCAUGGGGAAGGAGUAAGGACUACAUUUGCGACGUUUAAAGGCGUAGAUGUUUACGACGUAGAGUACUGUGCUUGUGCCGAAUUGAGAAGACGAGUCUCGAGUCAAGCUGGAGACUUUGAGGUGAUUACAAGUCUUGGUCAAGCUGGAAUCAAGUACCGUUCCUUGAGUACCACAGACCAAUGA